CUUACGGUCCCUACCCAUUCAAGCACGAAAUCCAUCAUCAAUGGGCUAUUUCCGAGCUGGUGGCAGCUCAUUUGUACACUCGUUUGAUUAAGUAGUCGUGCAGUUGAACUCUUGUCUAGUCACAAGCACCAUGGCGAGUUUUCUCAGAAGUCGGCAGGCGGGCAUGAAUGUUGACCUGUCUGUCAAAAUUGAGCCCCAACAUUUCUCACCCGCCGAACAAGCACGAUAUGGAAUCAACUCGCAGAUAAGCUGUAUCGCCUACGACCCUGUGCAAUCGCUGAUUGCUGUAGGCACAAAUGAGUCCAAGUUUGGAAAUGGCAAGAUAUACGUCUUUGGUCAGUCCCGCGUCCAAAAGUGUAUAUCGCCCAACAAGCAAGCCUCAAUUCGGUUCUUGCACUUUGUCGCAGAUAGGCUCGUGAGCCUUGACUCCAGGAGCGAACUCUCAAUAUGGGACCUCGAUACCGCACAACGAAUCGGGGGCUACGGAAAUGCAGGCGCCGUCGCGUGUAUGGUGACAGAUCCCAUGCUGGAUUGGGUACUAAUGGGCACGACCUCGGGAGACGUGUUUGCUUUUGAUCUGGACCGCUCGCGUCUGUCAAACUUCCGGCUACCGAAUUUUUGGAAGCAAAGAGACCCACGGGUCCGAGCUCCCAAUAUGGUGUCGAUGCAGCUGCACCCUCGAGAUAUUGGCCAGCUUCUCAUUGCUUACAACACCGGUGCCGUGAUCUACUCUUUUAAGCAGAAUCAGCCCAUCAGAUUUUUUGAAUAUGUCCUGCAGCCGGGCGCUCCCGGAGGAACCGGUGACAAGGUCAAUACGGUUCGAACUCCACGCGUCGUACAGGCUGUCUGGCAUCCCACUGGAACCUUUGUCUUGACAGCCCAUGAUGAUGGCAGCCUUGUCUUUUGGGAUUCAAAGGAUGGGCGUAUGAUUGCUGCCAGGUCAUUAUCCGAGACCAAUAUUGACCAGCCAACAGCCGAGCCUCCGCGACCAGUCCUCCUGGAACCCUUUACACAUAUUGCAUGGUGCUGCAAGAAUGAUCCGGACGACACCGGCCUGUUGAUAGCCGGUGGACUUCCUGUGGGUUCCACAGAAAAGGGGCUCACUUUCUUGGAGCUAGGCCCAACUCCGAUAUAUGCCACCUCUUCAUGGCAGGUACUGGCAAACCACUUCAAGGGCAAACGGCAGCAUCUUCUACGAGCUCCACUUGGUGCAGACAUCACAGAAUUCUACCUCCUCCCACGCUCUUCUCCUCACUUUGCCGGGGCUCAAGACCCCAUAGCCGUGAUCGCGCUGCUGAACUCAGGAGAAAUGAUCACCAUGAGCUUCCCGUCUGGAUAUCCCAUCAGCCCAACCAACCAACUUCACCCCUCAUUGACAUUUGUUCACCCUUUUGUGAUGAAGGUUGCUGUUACAACAGUCAGCAGAGAAAGAUGGCUUGGGAUGGUUGAGGUCAGGAAUCAAGGCCAACCGCUCUUGAAGGGAGGCGCACUUGCCAGGAAACUACGGAGACGAUACGACAGCAGAAAUAUCGUACAGGUCGCACACGCCGAUGGUACCGUACGGUUAUGGGAUAUUGGUCAUGGAGACGACAUUGAGAAUGCAGGAAUGCUACAGGUAGAUGUGGCUAGAUCCACCGGUCGCUACGAGGACCUCCAAAUCACAGCCAUGUCGAUGGCUUCUCAAACGGGCGAGUUCGCUGCAGGAACCAAGACAGGAGAGGUCGCGAUAUAUCGCUGGGGCACUAAUAAGCACUUCCAGCACGAUUUCGAGUCUGAUAUCAAGUCCAAGCCUGGAGGACUUACGGACAUCAGUACCAGGUCGGAGCCGUCACUACGUGAGGGUUUGCAGCCACUGAUUCUGUAUGAGAUGAUGCAGGGCCCUAUUACAGCGCUCCAAGUAUCCAACGUUGGGUUUGUAGCUGUGGGGUCUGAGAAUGGCUUCUUCAGCAUUAUUGACCUACGGGGGCCUGCGAUUGUCUUGCAGGCAUCGAUUGCAGAGUUUACAAAGCAAGAUAAGAGGUCGUCAUUUCUCAGGGGUCAUUCCUUUAGUGGAUCUUCUGGAGGAAAAGACUGGCCUGUAGUCAUCGAAUUCGGCGUCAUGACACUUGAGGACGAUAGUUACUCCAGCAUCGCUUGUUUUGUCGGCACCAACCAAGGCAAAGUAGCAACUUUCAAGCUCAUACCUUCAGGUGGCGGAUACUCUGCGAAACUUGCCGGCGUCGUAAAUUUUGGAGACCAGAUCAUCAGUAUCAGCCCGAUAAUGACUGAAACAGGAGCACCUGCUGCGGCAACAGGAGAGGUAGUUGCUGGCCUGCGAGAGGGGAAACAGGUUAAUGGCACACUCGUUGUCGUAACACAAACCGAAAUCCGAAUCUUCAAACCUGCAACGGCUAAGGGUGCGUCCAAGUCAUUUGACAAUGUUUUCUGUGAUGCUGCGGCUGUCACCGAGUUUGAACUACACGGUCAUGCCAUAGUUGGUGUUUUUGGGGACUGCACUACGAGGGCCUUUUCGAUCCCCGCCCUCAAGGAGAUAAGCAAAGCUUCAUUAAGCGGGACGAUGGAUCCAGGCCGCAGCGGAAGCUCUUUGGUUACGCCAACGGGCGACAUAUUCUGCUGGGCCGGGCCUUCAGAGCUUGUGGCGGUCUCAGCAUGGGGAACUGGCACUGCGGCCAACAACAGCGACGAUACCAUGAUAAACCCGGCCAUGAAAGUGCCACCGCGACCGACAAUCAGCAACAUGCAGUGGAUCAGUGGAACGCAACAUGUAUCACCCACAGAUCUCGACGAGCUCAUUGGUGGCCCUGAUCGACCACCUAGCAAACGAAUGAUUGCUGCCGCCGCAGAGGAACAGAGGCUUGCUAGAGGAGGUGGCGCCUCUAGUUCGUCUGCGGCUAUGCGAGCCGGGGCUGCUCAGGAGGGAUGGGGCGAGUACCUGACGCGGCAGCUCAACGAAAGGACAGAAAAGCUUAACAUAGUGAACGACAGCAUGGAUAAUCUGCAAACCAAGAGCCAGGGCUGGGCUGACGACGUCAACAAGUAUGUCAGCAAGCAGAAGAAGAACUUGGUGCUCGGGGCUAUCAAGGGCAAAUUCUCGUAACCUGGGAUGAGCUGUGGCUGGUAAAUUACUGCUUGGCCAUACGUAUAUCCGAGGAUGUGUGGCCAUCCAAUUUGGAUAGUUGCAGGACAUACAAGCUUCGACAAGGCAGAAGGCAAAGCUGAAGAAAUCACGAGCUCGUAUAGGGACCGGGUCACAUGCCUCGAGCGAGGGCCGUACUGCCGCCCUUAUUAGCACGUUUGUGCCCCGAGCUUCUCUAUCGGUUGGUGGUAGUCAAACAAGCCAAAUUCACCAGCCACUCCACUUUCCCCUCCACAAACACAUGCCUUUAUAAGCUUCCAGACCGCAGAAGUUUUCAAGGGCGCAACAGGCACCGUGACCUAGGCGUCAGGACGGCCAAGAGGGGAUAAGGCCCCCUUGGCCCGAGGGCUUGAAUCUGAGGACGCUCAGGUUCGAGCCCCGAUGGACGACAGUAAAACCGCCCGGGGUUUUCGUAACUUCCCACCUCUUAAAAAUAGAGUUGGGAAAGUGAGCUUUUUCCUCCGCCUACUUUUUUUAUUGCCUUGGGAAAUUUGGUCAGAUUCCCCUAUUUAUGAUGCCCCUAUUCCCCUUUUACCUGUAUAAAUGGUAUUCUGGAUUUUUCUUUCUCGACAAGAGCCUUCUGAGUUGUAAUUCUAAGCUGCAUGAAACGGACCUUUCUGGCAGCCUUUGCCAGAAUUUUGUAGUUUCUUGAUCCUGCUUCCUAAUUCCAUUUACCUUUCUGCCCUAUAUUUAUAGGGACUGCCCAUGCACAACUGUGUUUAUAUAUUUGCCAUGAGCUUAGGACCUUUACCGGAAUUACUCACCCCUUUUUACGUGGGGAAAAAAAUCAACAUCUGUUGUCAUUAGACAUUUUCAUCAUCGGGGCCUAUGUAACCGACUUCCAAGGCAUAUGCAGACACUGUCUUUCCCCAAAGGAACACUUUAUUCAAAAUAGCCUCUCAUUCAAAAUUAGUCUUCGCUUUCUUCCAAAUUUGUUAUUACAAGGCUUGCGUCCUUUUCA